ACUUCGCUUUAAGCACAGCGCAUGAUUCCGUCCGCGCUUGAGACACUUGGAGGCAUCGCUUUCAUGAGAUUUAAUCUCUUCUUACAACAAGGAUAUAUCACAGUAGGGAGGAUGGAAUUGAGAAAGUUGUCACGGUUAUAUUUCUUCAUUGUCUGUGUUUUGAACACCUCCAGCUCUGCAUCCGCCGCCAAUCACCAUAUCUGCAAUGGCCCGUUGGUAUCCAUGCUGCCCCAGGGCUCUUUUGUGAGCUCCUCUCAGUCCUCUGUCAGUUAUGCUCCACACUUCUCCAAGAUCAACAGAAGAGAUGGAGCGGGAGGCUGGUCUCCCCAGGUGACAGACAGGCAGCCGUGGCUGCAGCUGGACCUCAGGGACAGGAUAGAGGUGACGGCCAUCUCCACACAGGGGCGCUACGGAGGCUCAGACUGGGUCAGCGGCUACCUGCUCCUGUUCAGUGACACAGGCCGAGCCUGGAAGCAGUACCGACAGGAGGACGGGGUGGGGGGAGCGGGAGGCUGGUCUCCCCAGGUGACAGACAGGCAGCCGUGGCUGCAGCUGGACCUCAGGGACAGAGUAGAGGUGACGGCCAUCUCCACACAGGGGCGCUAA